CAUCCGUCACUCCCUCCUCAUGCUGACUCUUAAUAUUGUUGUUGUUGACACGCUCUACCCCACUAUCCCUCGUCUGGCCCUAUCUCCGUCCUUUGUUAGGCCUCGUCUAGCGGGGUAGUCUUCCCUCCUUUGAUUGAUCGCUACCCCUCUCCUCCUGUGGUGUGGUGGUGCCUUUCCCGCUUACUUUCGGUCUCGUUGGACGAAUGCAUCGGACCUUCCUCCCAUCUGCUCCGCGAGUCUGGUACUCUGCAAACUCUCCUGUGCAUGCGACUGCUAGACCGUCGUUAUUAAGAGGCUUCUCACGUCCUUUGUCCUCUUCUCUUUCGCGUCCCUCCCGCAUUGCUGCUCCUGCUCCUGCUUCUCGCUCUCGCCAGACCGUCCCCACUCCUCUCGCUCAAUUCUCCAAGAGACACUGCUCGUACCGCAGAAUGUGCCACGCCAGGCAUGCUGACGAGCCAUCGGGCUCGACCCUCGUCCACGGCCGCGUGGUGCUACCGACCAAUGUCAAGCCGGUGCAUUAUGACCUGACCUUGGAGCCUGACUUUGAAAAUUUCACCUACGAGGGCACUGUCGUUGUUGAUCUCGAUGUGAAAGAGGAUACCAAUUCCAUCGCCUUGAACACGCUCGAGCUUCAAAUCCACAGCAGCGAGGUUUCCGUGGACGGAGUCGCCAUCGCUUCCAACCCUACCACCACCUAUGACAGCGAUGAUCAGGUCACCACCGUUCAAUUCACCCAGACCAUCCCGGCGGGCUCCAAGGCGCAAUUGAAGCAAACCUUCACGGGCACCUUGAAUGACAACAUGGCUGGCUUCUACCGUUCCUCGUACAAGACGGCCAACGGAGGAACCGGGUAUAUUGCUUCCACCCAGAUGGAGCCUACGGAUGCUCGUCGAGCAUUCCCGUGUUUCGAUGAGCCGGCCCUGAAGGCGGAGUUCACGGUGACAUUGAUUGCUGACAAGCAUCUGACCUGUCUGAGCAACAUGGAUGUUGCGUCAGAGUCGGAAAUCGACUCGAAGAUUACCGGCGGUAAGAAGAAGGUCGUCAAAUUCAACAAAUCCCCACUCAUGUCUACCUAUCUGCUGGCUUUCAUCGUUGGUGAGCUGAACUACAUCGAAACCAAGAAUUUUCGUGUGCCGAUCCGUGUGUACGCUACGCUGGAUCAGGAUAUUGAACACGGCCGCUUUUCCUUGGAUUUGGCCGCAAAGACUUUAGCAUUCUACGAAAAGGCUUUUGAUAACGAGUACCCUCUGCCUAAAAUGGAUAUGGUUGCCAUUCCUGACUUCAGCAACGGUGCCAUGGAGAACUGGGGCUUGGUGACUUAUCGAGUGGUUGAUGUCCUCCUUGAUGAGAAGACCAGUGGUGCUUCUGUGAAACAGCGUGUUGCUGAAACUGUUCAACAUGAACUUGCCCAUCAGUGGUUCGGUAAUCUGGUCACCAUGGACUUCUGGGAUGGUCUCUGGCUGAAUGAAGGAUUCGCAACCUGGAUGUCAUGGUAUUCAUGUAACGCCUUCUAUCCAGAGUGGAAGGUUUGGCAGACCUACGUCAUUGACAGCCUGCAGAGCGCUCUUUCUCUAGAUUCAUUGCGGAGCAGUCAUCCCGUUGAGGUGCCCGUGAAGCGUGCAGAUGAGAUCAACCAGAUCUUUGAUGCGAUCUCCUAUUCCAAGGGCUCGUCUGUUCUUCGCAUGAUUUCUAAAUACCUGGGCGAAGAUACUUUCCUCCAAGGUGUUCGUAACUAUAUCAAAAAGCACGCGUACGGAAAUACUGAAACUGGUGAUCUUUGGGCCGCGUUGGCAAAUGCCAGUGGCAAGCCUGUUGAGAAGGUGAUGGACAUCUGGACGAAGAACGUCGGGUUCCCAGUGGUGCAGGUCACCGAGAAUGCAAGCGCGGGUACAUUGAAGAUCAAACAAAACCGUUUCCUCCGAACUGGCGACGUCAAACCCGAGGAAGACCGGACGAUUUUCCCUGUUCUUUUGGCGCUCAGGUCGAAGGAAGGGGUGGCCGAAGACUUAGUCCUCGAUGCGCGUGAAGGCGAAUUCAAGGUCCCUGACCUUGACUUUUUCAAAUUGAACGCCGAUCACUCUGGUUUGUACCGCACAUCUUACACCCCAGAACGAUUGGAGAAGCUCGGAAAGGCGGCCAAAGAAGGUCUUCUGACUGUUGAAGACCGUGCUGGUAUGGUUGCCGACUCGGGUGCUUUGACUGCUGCUGGCUACCAGAAGACUUCCGGGUUGUUGUCGCUCCUCAAGGGCUUCAACACCGAGUCUGAAUACAUUGUGUGGAAUGAGAUGCUCACGCGAAUUGGGAGCAUUCGCGCAGCCUGGCUUUUCGAGGAUCAGAAGGUGCGCGACGCCGUCAAGGAAUUCCAACGUUCUUUGGUCAGCGAGAAAGCGCACGAGAUUGGCUGGGAAUUCUCGGAGCAAGACGGUCAUGUCUUGCAACAGUUCAAGACGCUUUUGUUUGGAAGCGCUGGAUCGGCAGGCGACCCAGUGGUAGUGGCUGCUGCUCAAGACAUGUUCAAGCGCUUUGCCGAGGGCGACCACAGCGCAAUCCACCCCAACAUCCGGGGCAGCGUUUUCAACAUUGUCCUGAAGAACGGUGGCGAGAAGGAAUACAAUAUUAUUCUCGACCGCUUCCGCCAUGGUUCAACCUCUGACGAAAAGAAUACUGCUCUUCGCAGCUUAGGUGCCGCUGAGGAUAUCGCAUUGGUGCAGAGGACUUUGGACUUGGCGCUGAACGGCGAAGUGAGAAGUCAGGAUGUGUACAUGCCGCUCGCUGGGCUCCGCAACCACGUUACGGGCGUGCAAGAGCGGUGGAAGUGGUUGGUGAACAACUGGGAUACUAUUCCUGCCCGAUUCCCGCCUUCUCUACCCAUGCUUAGUGCGGUUGUCCAACUUUCUACGUCUGCUUUCUGCACGGAGGCUCAGCUCAAGGAGGUGCAGGCUUUCUUUGCUUCUAAGGAUACUAAGGGCUUUGACCGUGCCAUCAGCCAGAGCUUGGAUGCUAUUCAGUCCAAGAGCAACUGGGUCGAGCGCGACCGGAGAGACGUGGAGCAAUGGUUGAAGAGCAACAGCUAUUACCUCGAUCAAAAGCUAUAACUUGUAAUUAUGGACUAGUUAAAAAUCAUGUAUAGUAUUCUCAUCUACGCAUUUAGGUUUCAUCCAAAUAGCAUAUAUUUAUUUCGGCAC